AUGACUGUAAUAAAAAUAUUUGUAUUAGUUAUGAUUAAAUGAAAACUUCAUUGUUUGUUUUUGAUUUUCGAAGCGCCCCCAAACGGUACGAGACGUCUACUUCUAAAGUUGACAUUUGAUUAACCUCAGUUUUUAUACUUCACCAGAUAUAUUGAUUGUUCAAAUUGACAACAGAUGUUGGAUCUACACAUAUCAGACAAACAGUAAAAUUCUUCCAAAAUUGACUGUGUUCAGAGAGUUAAUUGACAGUGUGUGUGUUUGUGUGUGUCGGACUGACUUUGAGAUACAGUGCUGUUUCGUGGAGAAGCAUUUGACUGCAGCGAACUGUGAAGUGGUAGUGUGUUAGGUGUGCAGCUGUGCUGCUGUAAGCAGAGUGAACAGUUACCAUGGCUUCAUUGAAGAUGGAUAAUGCUGUCAACCAUUCUAGUCCAGGGAUGAAUGAUCUCAAGGGAGAAAAUAAUGAUCAAGGUUGGAAGACAAAGUUAAAAGUCCCACCAAAGGACACCAGGAUCAAAACUACAGAUGUUACAAAUACCAAAGGAAAUGAGUUUGAGGACUUUUGUCUAAAGCGAGACUUGCUGAUGGGAAUCUUUGAAAAAGGAUGGGAGUCACCAUCACCUAUACAGGAAGCCAGUAUACCAAUAGCACUGACAGGCAGGGAUAUUUUGGCUCGAGCCAAGAACGGCACAGGAAAGACGGGGGCUUAUGCAAUACCAAUACUGGAGCGGGUUGAUAAUAGUAAAGAUGAAGUACAAGCUAUGUGUGUAGUCCCUACAAGAGAAUUGGCAUUACAGACUAGUCAGAUUCUGAUAGAACUUUCCAAACAUAUUGGGGCCAAAGUUAUGGUAACCACCGGUGGAACAAAUUUAAAAGAUGACAUUAUGCGACUAUAUGAGCCUGUACAUGUUAUAGUAGCAACACCAGGUAGAAUACUUGAUUUAAUGAAUAAAAACCUGGUCAAGAUAAGUAAAUGUGGCAUCCUAGUGUUAGAUGAGGCCGAUAAAUUGUUAUCUCAGGAUUUUAAAGGAAUGUUAGAUAGUAUCAUUAGCCAUCUUCCAAAUGACAGACAGAUCUUGUUGUACUCUGCUACAUUUCCUCUCUCAGUCGAACAGUUCAUGAAAAGGUACCUUCACAGUCCGUAUGAGAUUAACCUGAUGGACGAGUUGACGCUGAAAGGUGUUACACAGUACUAUGCUUUUGUGCAAGAAAAACAGAAAGUACAUUGUUUAAAUACACUGUUCUCAAAGUUGCAAAUAAACCAGUCUAUUAUAUUCUGCAACUCUACUCAGCGUGUUGAGCUUCUUGCCAAAAAGAUAACGGAGUUAGGGUAUUCGUGUUUCUAUAUCCACGCUAGAAUGAACCAGCAGCAUAGGAAUAGAGUGUUCCAUGACUUCAGACAGGGACUGUGCAGAAAUCUUGUCUGCUCAGAUUUGUUUACCAGAGGUAUAGAUAUCCAAGCAGUAAAUGUUGUGAUCAAUUUCGACUUCCCGAAGCAUGCAGAGACAUAUCUCCAUAGGAUUGGUAGAUCUGGAAGAUACGGUCACCUUGGUGUAGCCAUCAACCUCAUUACAUAUGACGACAGAUUUUCACUACACAAGAUAGAGAGUGAACUUGGUACUGAGAUUAAACCCAUACCUAAAAACAUUGACAAAGCUCUCUAUGUUGCUGAGUAUCAUACAGAACCAGACAUGGAUGACGAUGACCACCCUCAAAAAACAGCUAAUGGUGCACCCAAAGGCUAAGCAGCACAGUCUUGGGGAUCUUUCGACUGAAGUCCCGAGGUUGAUAACAACUAUCUGUUCUGUUUAGUGCUAGAUAAUGGAAGUAUUUUUGUGUGAAUGUGUGUAAAAAUAGUGUACAUACAGCAGCGGGUCAAAGGAUUUCUGAAUUGGUGCACAUUUCAGGAAGAAAUUUUUACACCUGUUCUGUGAUGGAGAAGUCACCAAAUGUACUAAAUUUUGAACUCUCAAACUUCAAAAGAAUAAUUUUUCUGUUGUAAUGCAAAAGAGCUCAAAACAAAUGUGAAGUCGGGUUGCCAAAAUUUUGUAUAAGUGAAAGGUUUUAAUAUAUCUGUACUUCUGUUUUGUAAAUUGUUAGUUUUUGUAAUGGCAAUGAAAAAGAACAUUUUUAAUUUUGAAGAACUUGUUUUAGAGUUUUUGAAGAAGAAAAAUAGUUGAAGAUCAAAAAUAUACUUCUGUCUGUCUACUGUAACAUGUGGGUCUAAGAAAAGCAAACUUUUUGUUAAGAGUGUCCCACAUUUAGCAAUGUAAGUUAUUUAAUACUGGAACCAUAUGGAAUGGUGAAUGUUUCACUCUUUUUAUAUUAUAAUACAUGUUUCUGGUUCCAUCCAGGUGCCCGUCCAUUCCUGAAGCAAUGCUGGAGGGUUACCUAGGGUUUUCCUCCUCCAUCAAAAGCUGGAAAAGUCACCAUAUGGCUCAGUUGUCAACAUGACACUACAGCCAACAAAAACAAUGAACAGGUUUUGUGUAAUUCAGUAUGGUGUAAAAGGUGGGGGGGGGGGGGGGGGGGAAUCUACA